UUAGUCGUAAUAAACACACAGGCCUGCAUAAUCUAAAUCAUGACACUUGCAUGAGAAGAGAUUCUUGGUGUGGUUUACAUGAAGAAGUAAAUAAUACCCUAAUGGCACGCCAAUAAUCAUAAACUUAAACAGUUGGUCUCAAAUUGAAUUAUAAAAAGCUUAGCGUAAAAAUUAUACAACCUCAUCAAUUUCUUUUACAAUCACAAUUAGGAUGAAGAAAACGGAGAGAGCGCCAACAUGUGGGAUGGACUUGUGUUGUUGUCAAAAAAGUUCCAUUGUGACACCAAGACAAGAGCCAGAAAAAUCAAUCACAAGUUGUGGAACAGUGGUCUCAAAGAGGGUUGAUGGGGUGGCGAUGAGGUUAAUUAGCGGGGUCGUCGCGGCGUUUUUCUUAUCGUUGGAACGCUGCUCGUGUGUUUAUAUUGAUACUAAACAUGAUUCUGAGGAUGCAGGGGAGAGUUGUACAUUGAUGAUCACUGAGGUUGAUGUUGGACAGCUCCAGAAUGUUGCUAAUCCAUUAUUCACAAUCGCCGAGGAAGAGGAACAUAAACAUGAUCAAGCUAAUAAGGUGGUUAAUGGAGGAUAGCAUUCACAAAUAAUAAUUACCAAUAAUGUUGCAGUAUUGAAAUUUGCAAGUAUUAUGAAAUUGGGGAAAUUAAAUUAGUCACCUUCUUAUUUGGUUAGUCGGGAAUCUCUCUAGGAAAGAAUUGUGAUGUUUAAUUAAUUACGAAAAGAUGGGCAAGAAUACAUAUGUUACGUUGUUUAAAGUAUUACCAUGUGCUAUAUAUAUACGUACAAAGCACUGAAUAAUUCCCAGAUUUGAAUGUAAUAGCACUUAGCUCAGGUGAAAUAUUGGCAAAGGCAAGGACUUAGUCAUC